CGGUCAUAUAACGGUCACAGGGCAACCAACUCUUUCUUUAGCUUAAAGUCACUCCUCUCCUGAAACUGAUUGGCAGCCAACUCUUUCUCCAUAAAUUAUGACCCAGUUACUAGAAAGAAAACACCUACUUCUUCUUCAAGAUGUCUAUCAUCACAUCACUUCCUCAUCACUGCGAGGCAUGGCAGCCCGAGAACUUCUCCGAACCUGACAGAUCUUCACCAUAUCGUGAGUUCUUCAUUGAAAUUUUUGCUCAGUUUGAAUCAACGGAGGAAGACGGCCAGAGGGUUACAAGCCCCAUGAAAUACGAAAAUUUCAUUAUGCCACGCGAUCUUUUGAUGAUGGGCAGCACAUCGUGGUCGACGAUAUCCAACAUGCUUUCCCAGAUGGACGUGCCAUACAAUUUUCAGCCAUUCAUGAUCCAAAAGAUCUCAACUUUUGCUCGCGAGCUAGCCCGUGACGCUGACAACAUGUGCCGCAAGACUAUUCCAAUGGUGGUGGCUCUUACCAUCGUACACGGCACGCAAGAAGAGGGACUUUCAGAGGCUUUGAACGCCAGCAGCCCAUUUACCAGGUUGGUUCGCGCAAGCAAAUCAUCGGUUGAGGCAUUAGAGAAGGUCAAAGCAGAAGGCUUUCCAACGCGAUGCGUGGUAUGUUUGGAAGAUAUUUUGAUGGGGUUGGAAGCCACUCGCAUGCCUUGCUCGCAUGUCUACCAUGGAGAUUGUAUUGUGAAUUGGCUGAAGAAGAGUAACCUCUGUCCAUUAUGCCGGUUUCGGAUGCCUGCUGAAUGAACGAAACAAGAAAUUUGUUUUCUUUUUCUUUGGUGAAAAUUAGAUUUUUUGACCAUGCACACAUGUAGGUUCACAGAAACACAAUUUUUCACGCUCACAAUUUAGCUAAAUGCCCUGCUUUAACCAGAUUUUCUGUUGUGUGCGUGUGUGUGUUUUUUUUUCUUUUUUCUUCUGGAUCUUCCUCUAAAUAGUGGAAAGAUCCUCUUGUAAACCCCUUCUUCUUCUUUUUCCCUUUUUUUUUUUUGGAAAUUAUUAUUCCAUAUGCACUGUUUUUUUGCUGUUGAAAAGGUAAUAUAACUUGUCCAAGAAACCUUGGCAUCGUUAGGUGCCAGGCAUACCCAUCACCACUUACCGCUGUGUCUAUGAAAAUCUAAUUGGGACAGAAUUAGUUGAGGUAGAACUAUCAUACCUGUAAAAGUCAUUUUUCUGCUUAGUUUGGAGUUUGAGAGACACUAAAAAAAAAUAUUGUGACAGAACUAGUUGAGGUAGAA